AUGACCGUCACCGCCGCGUGUCUGCCGCUUCUGCUGGCGCUAGCCGCCGCUACAACGCAGCCGCCGCCGUCGCCGCUCCAGCUGCCCGAUGUCAAGUUCAGCUGCCAAGGUCGAGACACCGGUUAUUAUGCGGACGUCGAGCUUCGCUGCAGCGUCUUCCACUACUGCGGCGCACAGGGCGACCGCUACUCGUUCGUUUGCCCUCCGAAGUCGACCUUCAACCAGCGGCUCCUCAUGUGUGACUACGAGGCCCGUGCGCUGGAAGUGUGCCCCCACUCGGAGAGUCUUUACAACGUUAACACAACCAUGCCGCCGCGACUGCGCAAGCCUGUCACCAGGCCGCCCACAACGACGACUCCGCCGCCGCCAAGCAGCACGCCGUCGACCUCUACCGUGGCCGUAUUCGGCAGGCCGCGCAUCACCACAACGACCGCUGCUCCGCCGGCCGAGGAGGAGGAAGAGUGGCUGGAUGACGAAGGCAACGGUACGCAAUGGUUCGGCAACGAGACAACGCGUUGGUCUCAGCCCAUACAACCAGACCUGGAAGAAGAAGGCGGAGGUGGCUGGCAACCCACGGAACCGCUGUUCGAUCGGGAAGCGAUUUUUCAUAACCUGCGCACCCACGAGAGCGCGGUCACCUACGAAGAACCUCGUGGCGACGAUUCCGGAGCUAAUUCGUUUGUGGUGUACGACCCUAACGAGCUAGGACGCCCGUUCUAUUACCAGCCGGACCCAGUCAACUACGAGCCUCCGAGGCCCCCUUGGCAACCGAUGGCGCAAGUGCUUCUGGGGCGGCCGGCAGGUAACUACUACAAGACCCCCUCGGGAUACUUCGAGUUCCGCCACAGGUCGUCGCGCAGAAGGGCUCGCUCGACGCGUAUGAAACGUCAGCUACUGCUGUCUCGGCUCUUCAAGCGGCAGCCGCUGCGCCUUCCGCCUCCCAGGGAAGAAGACAAUGGCUGGCUGCCCAGUAUUCACUUCCCGCUCAGGGGAUUCUUUCCGCCCGACGCGCCACCUUCGUGGCAUUCUCUACAAAUGCCGCCAGCCAAAAGUCCAGCACCCUUCCAGGCUGAAGACAGGCCCCACGGGUACGUGUUUGGCCGACCCGUGCCACGUCCAGAUCAUUUCGUACCGCAGCGGGCACCGUUGCCUCCGUUCUCCCCUGAACUGCGACCGUGGUCUCAGCUGGGCGUUUCGUAUCUGUCGGAGUCAAUGUUCGUACCACCACAUGUGAUACCACGUCCGAGACCGCCACCUCGGCAGGCGGCGCCACCUGUGAUGAUGGCACCGUCCCGACAGACGGCGCCCCCUGUAAUAGUGCCGUCCAGACAGACUGCGUCACCAGUAAUGACGGCACACCGGCAUACGGUCGCAUCUCCAUCUUUGCCGCCACGACAGACGGGGCUGCCGCCGCUGGUGCCGCUCAAACAAGCUGCCGCACCGCACCCCAUGAAGCGGCCACCACCUAGGAAAAAGAGCAGUCGUAGACGCCGGCCCACGACGCGCACCACAACCAGGUCGCCGCCACUCGUUAAGGACAAUCGCACGUACAGUUGGUUCGGUGGGUGGACCACCAUUGCGCCUCCUAUGUCCGUGCCAGUGAAGCCUACGUUGGCCAAUCCCACAAGACCUACGCAGCUGUGGUCCUUGUCGAACAAGUCGUCUAACUCGUCCUCUAAAUCGACUACUACAGCGACACUGAAGCUCAGUGCAACAACGCCCUUCAGCUGGGAGCGGUUGCGCACGACGACGUCCACCUCAACGCCUCAACCCGCUACCGUAGUGCGCGUCUUUAGCAACAAGAUCGGUUCCUCAGUCAUGGCGACGGCAGGUACACCGCGUACGACGACAUCAACGCCGCCAUCAACCACAGCCGCAGACGACAAAGAAAACGUUAUUGGCAACGGCCGAGACCGGGGUUUUCCCUUCGAGUUUUUCACGGAUGUUAACAAACUGGUGUCGCGAACCACGCCGCAACCGCAGCCCGUGUACAAGCCACCAGCCAGUCGAGAACCAGUCACAGAAGUCGUAACAGCCAUCUCCUUCAGUGAGUCCGCCCUGGCGGCGUGA